UCUGCAGCGUCGCUGCAGAGAGGGAAGCGAAGAGCUCAAAAAAUGGAGUUCACCCUGAGCGGCAACGCCUUUAAGACGUUGGCUCGCUCCAUCACUUGCCUCUCCCGCGUCGGCACCGACCUCGCCAUCCAAGCUUCCCCUUCCCAGAUUUCCUUUCACGCGCUCAAUUCGUCCAGAUCUGCCUAUCAAUUGAUAACCUUCAAGCCAGACCUCUUUGAUGUAUUUACAGUAUCUGGUGCGCAGGUUCAAUGCAGCAUUCUUUUAAAGGCUGUCUGUUCUGUCCUUAGAACGCCUAUUACAAACAUUGAUUAUUUGAGUGUGCAAUUACCAGACGUCAAUGCAUAAAAAAUUCAAUGGGCUCUGCAGUGCUUCAGUGGCAUUAAGAAAACGUACUGGAUUACUUGCAAUGUUGACCCCGACAUACAACAAUUAUCUCUGGACAGGAGAAGAUACCCAAGCAAUUUUGUAGUGAGGCCUCAUGAUCUGAAUAGAUUGCUUGCAAAUUUUCAGUCAUCCAUUCAUGAAAUUACUAUGAUUGCAACAGAACACAACUCCAAUCCUUCUGAUGGCAGUGAAUUUAGUGGGAAAGCUGUCGAGUUUCAAAGCUACAUUGAUCCUGCCAAAGGUAGAGAUUGACUUUUUUCCUUUUCAAUCAAAUAUGGAGAAGAAUAUCAUGGUUCA